CGCGCGGAGGGGAAGGCAGGCACACACGAGCUCGCUUUUCCAGCCAUUCUCUGCAGAUGCGACUGGACGGGCUCCGGUUUUCUGGGAAUAAAUACAAAAUCAACAUUCCUUGUGGCUUCUCAUUGGAGUCCUUCCUCAGCUUACAAGCGCUUGUCAAACUCUCCAGAAUGAACAGGGCAUUUAACAGGAGAAAGGAUAAACCCAGCAUGCACACACCUGAAGCCUUGGUGAGAAGUCAUGUUGUGUAUAAUGCAAAGUUCCUGGGAAUCACAGAAGUGGAGCAGCCCAAAGGGACAGACAUGGUCCGUGUGGCCGUCAGGAAGCUGAAGUUUCAAAGGCACAUCAAGAAGUCAGAGGGGCAAAAAACUCCUAAAGUGGAGCUUCAGAUCUCUAUAUAUGGUGUGAAGAUAUUGGACCCUAAAACAAAGAUUCAGGAUUUGGAGAUGGAAAACUCAAAACUGAAGAAGAAGCUUAAGGAGCUGGAGGAUCAGCUGAUGGAUUCUCGCUGCUCGCCAGAACGUUCAAAGCCGUCUGCCUUGUCCUGGAGUGGUGAUGAUGUCACAUCACUGUCCAGCCUAGAGAUCUCCUCUGUCACUCUAACACCUGUCAGCUCACCCGAUUCCAGCCAAUCAGCAAGCUUGCUCACCCAGCCUCCUGCUAAGCCCACCCACUCACAGCCCACAAGUGGUUGCAUCGUGCCACAACCUCGUGCUGGAAGCAUACAAGCUAGAGUGCCCUCUACUGACAUAUUUGAUAUGGUUCCAUUCACCCCCGAAUCUCCAAUAACAAGACUCUAG